GUAUCGCAGGUUUGUGGUAGCGCCGACAGCCGUGUGUCUCCAGUGUGGGCGCCGGGGUUUGUGCAAGCCAUCGUGUACGCACUCCAACGUUGGCCCUGUUACCGCAUCAUGAAAUUCACCCAAGCGGAUUGGGAACAGCAUGUUGCGAACAAUCACGUGCCGUACCGCCGUGAUUGUGCAGUUUGCGUGCACGGUGCCGGAAACGGCCGCCGCCACCACGGUGUAGUUCACCCGGAUGUGUAUUGCAUGUCAGCCGACAUUGCGGGGCCCAUCCGUGUGAAGGGCAAAGACCCAGAAAGCCGCAACCACCGACCAGCCACGUUCAAGUACUUCCUCGCUGUGUCGUACCGCUUCCCACGGCUCAAAGGAGUGAAGGAGGAGUCAGACCCCAGCCAAACCGAGGGGUUUGAUGAUGCGGCACUCCUCCCGGGAGGGACGGAUGACCUUGCAGAUGAGGCCUUUCCCGCAGCAGAAGGCCCCCCGCACGAGGAUUACGAGGACUCCCUGUACGAGCCAAGUUUAGCGGAAGAAGAGGAGGAGGCGGAAGGUGAAGGAGUUGAAGGGCCGAGGGAGUUUGCAGCCAAAGUUGCCGAGGAGCAUCUCUGGGAGUCAGCCAGGUGUGAACUCGAAACACCGCCUGACAUGGCGAGGCUGGUGUUUGCAGUGCCACUUCACACAAACAAGGGAGACUCGCUUGAGGAGGAGCACACACCACCUCCACGCAGGGUUCGCGGCAAGCGGUCUGCUGGUGUGAGACUUGACGACGUCUUUGCACUUGACCCGCCGCCUCCCUUGCCGCCGCCAGCAGAAGCUCCACACCCGGAAGGGCCUGUGUCACCGGUUGAGGAGGAGUCUGCCCGUGUAGCGCGCUUGAGUCUGCAAGACCUUGAAGGUUUAGCUACGGAGCUUAUCGAGGACGACUGGGACCUUGAUGAAGCGUUGUGGGUGUUAGCCGAGGUGUGCAGAGCAGCGCCCCAGCUGCAACACAAAGCUGGGUUGUACCGUCACGGAGGUGUCGUAGGAGUUUUAGGAGGUACCACAGAUAAGCCUUGGCUGACAGAGCUUAUGAAUAUGGUGCUUUCCGCAGUUGCACCCACAGCUGAGUACACCUCGCUUUGGUUGUCUAACUCCACUGUUCAACCCGUGCACGCCGACCACCACAACCUGCAGGGAUCCACAAAUGUAGUCCUCCCUUUGAAGCUCCCGCCUAACGGAGGGGAUUUGUGGAUAGAACUCAAGCCUGGUGACCUAGUCAGUGGCCCUGUAGAGGAGCGGGUAGACGGCAAAGGUAGGCGCUGGUUAGGGACAACUCACAAGUUAGAGCGCGGUAAGCCCUUUUUCCUAGACCCUACUCGCCGCCACGCCACCACUCCCUGGAAGGGUGAGAGAGCAGUCCUUGUUGGCUACACUGUCAACACGUUAGGCAAAGAGCUUGAGCACGAGUUUCAAAGCCUUGAAGCCUUAGGUUUUCCACUCCCAGCGUCGGUACGUUUACCGCUGACUGAGCAGCAAGACGUGAGACGUCUAGACGCGUUUGACUGCUUCGAAGAAGAGCCCCUUCAGGAGACAAAAGCACGUCACCCUGACGGGAAGACUUCGGAGUUGGCGCCUGGGACUGUGCUUAAAGGCGGAGGUUGGAAAGAAACCCAAGCCGUAGAAGCAGGUACUGUAGAGCUGGAGGUGUCGUGGAACCUGAAACACUCGCCGGACCAAAGGCGAACCCAGUCUGAGCACGCCCUGCUGGCUUGCCAACCAGACACCGAGACACAGGUUGAGGAGGAGGAGAGCUUAAGCGAAGACUCCUUGCCGGAGCAACCAGUGCUGUGGGAGUUGUGGGUUCCAGACCCGCAGACCGGUGAGCAGCUGUGUGUUCUCCGGUCUGACGACUCGGACGCGAGCGAAGCGUGUGCCCUUUGCAAGUCUGAGCCGGUUUACACUACCAACGUGGAGCUGUUGCUUGACGGGUUGCAAGAACCACUGCAGGUAGUCCACACUGUAGACCCUCGGGAUGCAGAGCAAUGCAUCGAGAAGUGGAUGCCGUCCAUUCACAAGGAGAUCGGUGUCAUUGAGAAGGCUGUGCGGCGACUGCCUCCUGCAGAGGUCCGUUCCGGAGGUUGGCUAAAGCGCAAGGAAGUGAAGGUGGUUCCGUCUAAGUUUGUGUUCACAGUCAAGCCACCAGACCCUGCUGAAGCCUCCCUCGCUACCCGGAAGGGUCAGGCUUACCACAAGCGCAAGGCUCGCCUGGUUGCUUGUGGCAACCACGCCCCAGGCACGGGGUCCGAAGUCUACGCUUCAGGUGCUGCUGCAGAGACACUCCGUUGUUUUGUAAUCAUCAGCUCCAAGAGGAAUUGGUGCAUCGGGAUCCUUGAACUCGCAGCCAUCUGGGGUUUGCUUGAGCAUGGCGUACCUCGCCGGGCGGAAGCUCAGGCCUACAGUGAAACUCAAGCUGUGGGCACUGGGACCGUGGCGCAGCAAGACCUGCAGCUGAGUGCCUUCGCUGUCCUGCUCGCCUUCUUUCAGGUCGUAGGUGCUGCCAGCCAGACAACGGACGAGGAAGAAGACUUGUCUCUCCCCGUGUCGCUUGAUGCAGAUUUGAUGUUGGCAGUAUCCAUCAUCUGCAUUGGUAUCUGCUUCAUUGCAGUGUGGGAGUUCUUCAAGUGGUGCCUUCAAGGCGUCAUCUCCCGCCGAAAGGCAGGGACACCCGUGUUGUCUCUGAGCCCCCGCAAGGCGCGCAAGUUACAGCGCCUUCGAGAUCAAACUGCGCAGGCCAUCCAGGCCGAGAUCUCUGCACGUGAGGAGGCAGCCAGCUCGCAGUCUGUGGAGCACCAACGCGUUACUUUGCAACACCCGACGGGUUUGUUGAGUUUCAAGUGUGCCAGCAGUGCCACGGGAGCGCUGCAGACCACACCCAGCACAGCACAGGGUAGGAACUACUCCACCCUGACGGGUUGGAUCUCUCAGUGA